UACAGUAAACACUGCUAUCCGCACAGAGCGUCCAGAGUUACAGCACGGCCAAAUACGCAGAAACAGAUCUGAUCAUGAGUUCGCGGGAAGGUUGCAAACGAGAAAAGUGUGAAGAAACAAUUGACUCUCAAGCGCAGAACUGGAGCCAGGAACUCACUCACUCAUUGCCAGCAGUUGGCGCAAUCAUCAUCCAAGCAGCGACCGUUCACAUUUUUUCAUCAGACUUCGAAACUCACGCUUCCUGUGAAUCCACACCGGCAGGUGGGACGCAGCCCUCACUUUAACUCACUCACUUCACGUACAAACUAGCACAUGAGGAGCCCCAAUUCAUAACAUAUUCAAUUGUUUAAGGGAAAGGUGCAAACGAGAAGAGUCAAAUAAUCUGUUGGAAUUUCAUUCCGAACUCCGAUGUAGAUCGUUUCUGUACUCCAACUACAUUUGCCACCCGCUGAUUAGCUCUGAUACAGCCAAACAGCUGUCUGGAGAGUUUGACAGUAGAAAUAUCGCAAGGCAAGAAUCAUCUUCGCUACAGUGGACAUGUUCACUUGUAUCUGGCAGGCUGCUGCUGUGUACAUGUAUAAUGCGUGUUGUGCAUUCGGGUGGGUGCAUAUGUGCGUGUCUAUGUGCGCGUGUCUGUACACGCAUGCAUGUACGUAUGUUGUGCGAGACUGUUUCCAUUUUUUCUCUGUCCGACUUCAAGUGUCGUCAAGAUGCACGUCAUCACAACCUGCAGGAGAUCUUACCAUUGACAACCACAUGAAGCUGUCAAUCGGGCAUGAAGCUGGACUAGUGAACUCCUUAGGGACGGUUAUUCCAUUUCCGAACAUAUCCUUCUACAGCGACUGUCCAUUCGUCAAGAUUGAUAUGGAAGUCAGUAAAUUUGAACUAAACGGCUGCUAUCCACAGUUGGUGCUUUUGAAGGAAUUUCCCGGGAAAAGGUAUCAUAUCGCUUCGGUAAAGAUUCAACCUGACAACCUUAGACCGCACACCCUUAACAUGGGAACUGCAACAUGGACUGGGGUAUGUCUUGAUGACUACAUCUCUGAUAACAGCAGUGUGACGACAGCGUAUAUUAUUGCUAUCUCCCUGAACUCUACCUGCAAGCUUCAUUCAAAAGCCACUGGGUCUGAAAUCACGUGGGUCUUGCCACAGGAUAGCUCACCCCACAUCUUGCAGGCACAUCAGCAUCUUGCUGCACUAGAACCUCGUGUGACACUGAACAUCCGUGCAGUGGAUGCGUGCGGACAAGCUGCAUGUGACAACUGCCAGACACUCUACCAAAGCCGUCCUGCAUUAGGAGCAACUGGCAAAAAUCGCUACCAAUACUAUUGUAGUAUUGCAUGUAACCACACGUGUCCAACGGCUAUUGCCAUGAAACCUCAUGCAACACAGGCUUCAACCACUGUUCUACCGAAUGACUUAACAGAAGAUACAGCAACCAGCCAAGAAUCCGCGCGUACAACGGAGAGGCUUGCUAAUCCUCCCGCAAAAAUGCCAUCAAUUGUUCGUAAUCUAGCCUUCAACGUUCCCUUGCUUUUCCUGACGCUGUCUACUCUACUUGUGGUUCUGUGUAGAAGGAGGCGCGAUGUACACCCGGCAAGCGAUCAUUCUACACAACGAAAAGUUGAAGCGGAAAGCUUGCAGACCCAAACACCACUACCAUCCAUAGCAGUACGCCCCCAACAAUGCCAGCAAGUGGCAACAGACCAGUCACAGAGUCCAUACUAUAUCGAAGCUGUAAACCCGAACGAAGCAAUCAUUACCGACAGCAUGCCAACGCCAUGCCCAGUGAGAGACAACUCAAAGCAGGAGGGUGUACAUGUGCCGGUGUCCGCAGCUCAAUCCAAUGGUGGACAAGCCCACAAUUCACGGUAUGUUAAUCUGGACACACCUGAAAACGCCAGUGCUGAAGCGCAUGGACGUCCCUAUACGCUACUAUGUGCGCGUACACAAGCACAUCCCAACCCUUACGAAAGUCUUGGUCCUGGGAGGAACGACAUCGACACGGGGGAGUACCUUGUUUGCACGAAGGCUGAUGGCCGUAAGGUGUUUAUCUGCGAUGCAGCUCACGCAGUGGAAUACAGAACCGUGCCGGCGCCUGUCCCACACGCUGUCUACACUCCUCCUACAGGAAAUGCUAGCCGCUUAGCGUGAAAGCUGUUCCUGAAGCUAGGCCAACAAGCCGGGCCUAAACUAUAUGUACCAUCGUGUCGAGUUCUCCUCCUCAUUUUUGUUCAUCGUGCAGAGAGUGUUCAAUAGUAAAACCUACCAGUCAGUCAAAGACUUCUAUAACAGCAAUUGGCAAAGCCGAGAGUAGGGAAUUGACACAGCAGAUAAUCCCUGUUGAUUAGCAACUAAGAAGGCCUUGAUUCAAGCACGAAUAACCUAUUAUGUAACGUUAGACUUAGAGCGGAAAGUGAAUAGUGAGACCCCUUGUUCGAAUACUCUGAUUUUCUCCGAUCGAAUAUCCGAGUAAAGAAGAGGACCAAGGAACUACAAGUUAUCCUAUCAUUUCCACUGGUGGUGUUCGUGGACGUUGCAACGUAACUUGUAGUUCCUUGGUCCAUUUCUUUACUAUAAAUUACUCCUUGGCUCUCCAUCCGGGACUAUCCGAUUAUUCGAGUUGUUUUACCUUCUACAGACGACAUUAUAAAACACCUGAGUCUCACAUUACGCAAGCCAUGAUUGAACAAGCUAUUGGCCCUUUUCUAAAGUCUAUCAUUUUAGGUGGUCUAACCAGGCUCCACUUUUCACCACUCAGCCUGCAUAUCAUUUGUUAACUGCUUGCUGCUCAGAAACUGUAGACUGUUACAGAAAAUGCAUGUACUAUGCAUGACGAGUACUCGGAUUUAUUUCUAGUGCGAGUUUUUUUGCAAAAAUAACGAGUGACAAGUCUAUUCAGUGUAAUUUUUUCACCACUGCCUACUUCAUUAUUGCACACCAGCACCCAUUGCUAACGACACCAUAACAAUGUAUG